UUCCUUUGCUGAUAAUUGAUAAACCUCUCAUCAUUCUCUCUUGUCAUCCCUGAACAUCAAUGGCUGCGAUCUCUUCCAAUCUUCUGUACCUGAACACUCAUCGGUCACCGCCUUUCUCACAGAACCAAUCUUGGUUUCAAUCUUCAACCCGAAUUAAACCCAUCACUGUAGCAAACAUCAAAGCUCAGGCUUCUUCACGAAAGGAGGAUAUUGUCAUCGUCGGCGCGGGGAUAGCCGGCCUUUCAACUGCACUUGCCCUUCACCGGCUCGGAAUUGGAUCAAAGGUGCUUGAGCAAGCAGUCUCUCUUCGGACUGGUGGAACUUCACUCACCCUUUUCAAGAAUGGGUGGCGGGUGUUGGAUACAAUAGGAGUAGGAAACGAUCUCAGAAGACAGUUUCUUGAAAUCCAAGGGAUGGUUAUAAAGUCAGAAGAUGGGAGGGAGCUGCGCUCCUUCAGAUUCAAAGAUGAAGAUGAAAGCCAAGAGGUCCGUGCUGUGGAAAGGAGGAUACUUUUGGAGACUCUUCUGAAUCAACUGCCACCAGAUACGGUUCAUUUUUCUUCGAAGCUGGCCAACAUUGAGCGUAGUGAAAAUGGUGAAUUUUUGUUGGAACUUGCGGACGGGGCUCGAUUAUAUGCAAAGAUUGUAAUUGGCUGCGACGGGAUCCGCUCUCCGAUAGCAAAGUGGAUGGGGUUCUCUGAAUCGAGGUACUCUGGCCAUUGUGCUUUCCGUGGGCUUGCAAGUUAUCUUGAAGGGCAGCCGUUUGAACCAAAAGUGAAUUACAUAUAUGGUAGAGGCUUGCGUGCUGGAUAUGUUCCUGUUUCUCCCACAAAAGUAUACUGGUUCAUCUGCUUCAACUGCUCAUCCCCAGGUCCAAAAAUUACCGACGCAAUUGUGUUGAAGAAGCAAGCUAAGGAGCUAGUCAGUAACUGGCCUUCGGACUUGUUGAACAUCAUAGAUCGUAGCCCUGAUGAAACAAUCAGUAGAACACCGCUUGUCGACCGUUGGUUGUGGCCGGCCAUCACCCCUGCGGCUUCGAAUGGCGGAGUUGUUGUAGUCGGAGACGCAUGGCACCCAAUGACUCCCAAUCUUGGGCAGGGUGCUUGCUGUGCAUUAGAGGAUGCAGUAGUUCUGGCAAGAAAGCUUGCCAAUGCAAUCAAUUCUGAGCCAGCCUCUAUAGAAACUGCUCUUAGUUCGUAUGAAGCCGAAAGAUGGCCCCGUGUGUUUGCACUAACCAUACGAGCAAAUGUUGUGGGAUCGGCUCUGCAGUGGGAAAACCAGCUUGUGUGUUCUGUUAGGAACAAUGUUGUCAUCCCUAAGCUGGUUAGGCUUGGACCCUUGUUGGAGCAUACUAAUUUUGAAUGUGAGCCCCUAUAGAAGCCAGAAUGCCUCAAAUUACAUACCUUCUUUUCAUUUAAAAUUUUAAACCCUGAAAACUAUUGCUGCAAUGUAAUUUUUGUAAGGAGGCUUUAUGCUGUUGGAAGGUUAUGUUGUAUAUUGCACCAUAUGUACCUUGUCCCACAUUGGUUAUUGGUACGUAUAUCAUUAGACUGACUA